CGCCAAUUUAAAAUGACAUUGAGCACCAGUAAUAUACAAGUUCCUGAUUCUCACACUUUAUGGUCGCCUAGUGAUACUAUUAAAGAUGCCUCUGAAUCGCUUGGGAUCCAGAAUUUGCCUGAUGAUGUUGCCAAAGCUCUUGCGAUGGAUGUUGAGUAUCGAAUCCAUGAAAUAAUCGAGCAGGCUUUGAAGUUCAUGAAGCAUUCAAAGAGAAGGACUCUUAAGACAAUCGACAUAGAAAAGUCAUUGAAUGUCUUGAAUAUUGAACCUUUAUAUGGCUAUAAUACCAACAAGUCUUUGAAUUUCAAAGAAGCUCUAGUUGGUCCAGGGCAUGCUUUAUACUAUAUUGAUAAUAACGAGAUUGAUUUUGAAAAACUAAUUAACAAGCCUUUACCUAAUGUACCUAGAAUAACAACUUUUACAGCUCAUUGGCUUGCAAUUGAAGGUGUUCAACCUUUAAUUCCACAAAACCCAUUACUAUCAGAAAUUAAAAACCUUCCUCCAACUCAAAGAGGCUCUUUGGUUAAUAAUAUUUUAACCUCUUCUUCCAUCGGAAUAUCAACAAUUUCUAAUGAUUCUGGAGUAACUAAUCCCGACAGCUCAUCAAACACCUUUACUUCUGCUAUUAAUAACAAACCUAACAAUAACAAUAAUAUUUCGAGUAAUAUAAACAACACCAACACCGGCAGGAUAAAUAAUCUAUCAAAUGGUGAAUCUAAUAAAACAAAUGGUUAUGAGAUAAGACCUUUAGUCAAGCAUGUUUUAUCUAAGGAAUUACAAGUCUAUUUCAAUAAGGUUAUUGAAAUUCUACUACUAAAUACGGGCUCUAAUGAUGAAAAUGAGAAAAAAGGAGAUAAGGAUAAGGUCAACGAAAAUACCGAAGAUAAUGAGAAUUUGAAACAAGCUGCUUUACAAUCUCUUAGAUCAGAGCCUGGUUUGCAUCAGCUAGUUCCUUACUUUAUUGAAUUUAUCAAAGAACAAGUCACUUAUAACUUAAAAAAUAUCCAACUUUUAACAACAAUGCUAGAAGUUAUAUAUUCACUCUUAUCCAACGAAACUAUUUUUUUGCAUCCUUAUAUACAUGGUUUAAUGCCUUCAAUUUUAACUUUAUUAUUGGCCAAAAAAAUAGGUCCCUCAUUAAAGGAUUUAUUAGAACUCAAGAAAGGUGAGGAGAAUGCUCGAAUUGAGGACAAUUCUGCUAAUGGUGGGAUUGCAAACAUUGAUUUAGACUCUUUAUAUCAUCAUAUAAGUAUUAGAGAUUUUGCUGCAAGUCUAUUGGAUCAUGUUAUUAAAAAUUAUGGGAAAUCAUAUAGCUAUUUAAAACCCAAGGUUGCUAGAACUUUAUUGAAAGCGUUUUUGGCUACAAACAUUAAAAACUCUACUCAAUCAAUUUAUGAUGAUAAAGAAAAUGAUAUUUUACUGGAAAAGGAUGAUACUGUUUCAAAUUCAGCGUAUGAUGGUAAUAUAGAGUCAAUUGAAAAAAAUUUUAGAAAGAACUUUGGGACUUAUUAUGGUUCAAUUAUUGGUAUAACGAAAUUAGGCCCAGAUUCUGUAAGAAUGCUAAUUUUGGGAAAUCUUAAAAAUUGGAGCGAAUUAAUAUUUAUUGAUCCUCCUAAUAUUGCAGAUGAAAAAAAUAAUGUAAAAUUAUUAGAACGAAAAAAAUUCAUAAAGGAAAGACAAUUUUUGAUUUUUGCUAUUAUGCUAGCUUUAAGAUCUUUAAAAGUUUCUGAUACAAUAUUGAAUUUAAAUAAUACUGAAAAACACACAGCUGGUGAUCAUGAAAAGGACAAAGAUGGUGACCAAGAAAUGAAUGAUGUCUCAGAUGUAAAAAUUGAAUCAAAUGAAACUGAAGUAUCUGGUACUUUGAUCCAAAAAUUAAAGGACAGAGUUGGGGAUGUUAUUGCAAAUGCCAUUUUGCAGCAAAAAGAUAGAAAGAGUAUAAUAGAUGGGAUUUUUUUUGCUGAAAUUUAGUUCAUUUUAUAUUGAGUAGGUUUUGUUUUAUAUUUUUUUUUAAGAAUUGUGCCAGUUAAUGAACUAUUUUUCAUAAAAAAAACAACUAAUAUAUUAUUUCUUUUUUCACUAUAGGGGUGCUUUAUUGCAAUUUUUAUAAAAUUAAAUUAUAAAAUGAUUCAACACAAUUUCAAAUUUUUAUAUAGUAACUUCAGACCUUACAGGCUUACAGAAUCAGAUUUUUAGUUUAUUAAUUAAAAUCUUUUUAAUUUUUCUCAAUUUAGCUUAUCAAUUUCCUAAAUUAUAAAUGAAUUGAUAUAACCAAAGAUCAGGAUCAAACAGGUCAAAUUUCAGUAAAACUUUAUGUUCAAAUAUACUACAGUAUUAACAUAAUUGUUUUGUUAAAAUCACAAAAAAAAAUAGUCAAUACGGGUCAUAGUGAUAUAAUUAGCUGAUAUUGUUUCUACAAAGAAAAUUGAUAUCUCGUGAUAAAUAUUGAAAAUGUGUUUUAU